AUGUGGGAUCACGAAGAGCCUUGUGGUCCCAGUCACAGGUCGUUUUGCCUGAAUGGGGGGAUUUGUUAUGUGAUACCCACGAUUCCCAGCCCAUUUUGUAGGUGCAUCGAGAAUUACACGGGGGCUCGCUGUGAAGAAGUUUUCCUCCCACGCUCCAGCAUCCACAGCAAGAACAACCUGUCUGCAGCUUUCCUAGCCUUGGCUGUUCUAGUAACACUCACCAUUGCAGUCUACUUCCUGUGCAGGUAA